CCAUUGUUACGCACUAACAACUGGUAGUAAUUAAGAUUCCCGUUUUGAUACGGGCGUAAAGAAGCGGCAGGUGAGGGUGAGGGCGAGCGAGCAAGCAGAGAGCAGCCUCGAGGGAGAAGGAAGCUCGAGAACUACGAGAAAGGGCGUGCAACAGAGUAGUGGGAGCAACCCCCGCACAUUUGCACACCCACGCAUCAAAUAUAACACGGUCGAAGCGAGAGUUCUCUCGGGGCGAGGAACCUUGCGCGGACCACCUCGAGAAGUCGGCCGAAUCUCGGUGGCGCACGGGGGUGCCAGCGCGAGCGAACAGAGCGACAGUCUCGGCGGCAGGGGGUUCGACAAGGGCUCGGCUCGUCGCAGCAGUGCGAGAAGGGAGUCUCGCGAGUGAGUCCGUCUUGCCCGUAAUCGCGUCCGCACAUCCGCGAAGGGAGGAUGGUACGGGGGUUCUGUAACGGCGCGGUUGCACUUGGCAUCGCCCUGACGGCCUGCGCCGCCUUUCCACGAGCCGUCAUGGCGAUCGACCUCAGCCGCUUCUACGAUCACUUCAACACAAAACGCUCAGAUGCUUGUCACCCAUACGAACCGUUCAAGUGUCCGGGUGAUGGUGCUUGCAUUUCGAUACAAUAUUUGUGCGACGGAGCACCCGAUUGUCAAGAUGGAUAUGACGAAGAUUCAAGGCUGUGUACCGCAGCCAAACGACCACCCGUAGAAGAAACUGCGAGUUUUCUGCAGUCUCUGCUAGCCAGUCAUGGUCCUAAUUAUUUGGAAAAACUGUUUGGAACCAAGGCGCGCGAUACGCUGAAACCUCUCGGUGGCGUGGAAAAAGUAGCCAUCGCAUUAUCCGAGUCGCAGACGAUCGAAGACUUCGGCGCUGCGUUGCACCUGAUGCGUUCGGAUCUUGAGCACUUGCGUUCGGUCUUCAUGGCGGUGGAGAACGGCGAUCUGGGUAUGUUGAAGUCCAUCGGUAUCAAGGAUUCUGAACUCGGCGACGUCAAGUUCUUCCUCGAGAAACUCGUGAAGACGGGUUUCCUCGAUUGAACGGCCGCUCAACUCGCCGCUGAACCGCCAUUGCCGUCGCCGCCGCCGCCGCCGCCGUCGAUGACGCGCUAUCGCUGCCGCAUCGCCGCCGGCGUUGCAUUUUUAUCAUCGCACCUUUUGCAUCGUCGCAAUAAUCCCCCUUCAUUUGAUGAAGCCUAAGUCGUCCUUUCUAUGGCCACUCUCCCUCUCUUUCGUCGCAAGUCUUUAUGCGGAUGUAAUCUUGUGAAUCUUCUUUCCUUUUCUAUCCCUCUCUCGAGUCUCCCGUUCUUGCUUCGAUGUGGCAAGCGCCCCAACCAACCAAGAGCACCGAGAUAAUCGUUAAGGUGAUUGAUGAUAUGUGCGAGCGAGUCGACUCUCGCGUGAUAAACGUUUAGGCGAGCUUUCGUUUGCGCAUAUUUUCUAACUAUCGUAUAUAAUUAACCGAUAUGACGGACUUAACGUUUACGCAUCGAGAGUACUUUUGAUCUGCUUAAAGGAAGAGUGCAUCAACUGGGACGCGACUGAUCGCUAACAUAUCGUAUUAUACUCUCAAAGGAUUUUUAUCGCAUCUGUGGUGCAUUUAGCAGUGCUUAACAAUUUUGUCUCACUUCUCCCAGCUGCGCGUCAAAGCGUGAUCUUUCUUUAUGAAGGAAUGAUGAGCUUUCACCCGACCUAUUUCUAAAAUAUUGAGCUUCCUCGUGUAUCUUGUAACACUACUAUACUAACAGGGUUUCUUUACCCUCAUGCAUACGCCGGUUUUAUUCGAGUCCCAUCUCUCUCAAUAUGUUAGCACGUCAAUAUGUCGCAUGUAUACCGCGUCACAUUGCAUAAACGACGAUAUGUCGACUACAAUUGCUUGCGCGACAAGCAGUGAUGUAAUCGUCUGACAGUUGUGCACUGAACUUUUUAUUUAAAAUCUACACGAUGCAUCUAUCUAAAUUUGUCUCAAAAUAUGUAUAUACAGUAUACGAAUUUUUUAUAGUCAUUGGAGAAUAUUAACAGUACGCGUAUUGUCAAUUUGACACUUGUUGUCUAACGAUUUGAAAAGUUUUUAUUUCAAUUGUGACAAAAAUAUAUGUAUAUAACGAUUUCAAAUUUGUAUUGCUCAAUAAGAGAACGCUUUUAAGAAUUUCUCGACGAGAUUGCCAAUCCUUGAGUCUUAAGAGAACUCCGCGAAAUUAAACUCUUGGAGCAAUUGCGUUCGAACAAAUUGGUGUUAAUGAAAAUCAGUAUCUCCCAGUAUUCUCCGUAAAAUAUUUCGUAAACCGUCGUGAUUGUUUAUUUAUUUAUUUAUUUACUCGUGAUUUUAUUGAUAUUAUUUAUUUAUUCGUGAUUUGGGUGAUGAUCUCAUUAGUAUUAGCAGCAUUAUCGAAGAUCGGUCUUUUGAAAGUGCACAAUUGUUGAACCAAGAGUUAUGCUUCGGUAAAAAGUUGAAGACAGACGAAAAAGGUAGUCGCAAGGAUCUAUGUACUCUCAAUUAUUUCAGCAUAUUGUAAAUUAACUGCACGUAACUAUUGUUUGCGUUAUUUCAUUAGGGUAUUAUCCUUUUAACAUAUUUUGCAAGUAAACAACGACGCUGUGAGGUUUUACUUGUAAUUUAUUACACGAGAUAAUUAUGUAAUAAAUUACAUACUGAAUAUUUUAUAUAUUAUCGUGAUAUGAUAGCUUUUAAAACUGAGCCGGUUACUGCUGAAAGAGUAUUAUUGAUUUAGACCAAUGUUCUCUCAGUCUAUAUUUAUAUCUUUCAGAGUUUAAUUUUAUCGUAAUCUCUCCUAUUUAUAUAAAUUUUGCAACAUAAAUGUUGCACGGUAUGAAAUAUAAAUGAAAAGGUUUUUUCUCACCGAGAAAAAACCUUCGGUUCGUAUUUCCGCCGCGUUUAUUAAAUUGUAGGUUUUUAAUACAUGUUAUUUGACGCGAAUGUGUGAUGACGUAAAAUGAACGUAGCCGCUAAAUUUAAUAACGCAUUUGAAUUUGCGGUGUGAAAAAAAAUGUAUUUGGUAUAGGGAAUUAAGUACUCUUGAUUUUUCUCGGUGCAGUCGAGCAUCGCACAAUCGUCGCAUAUAAUAUAUACGAAAAUGUUACAUUUGUACGUUUCAAAGCUGAAACGGGUACAAAAAAGUGAAGAUAAAGCAUUGCGUUGCGUUCUUUCAGGGUACGACGCGCGCUUUACUUAUUAGGAAGAAAGCAAAAUACACACACACACACAUACAUACACAUAUAUGUAUAUACGUACAUGGUGUAUAUAUAUGUAUGCAUGUAUGUAUGUACGUAUGUAUGAUGUACGUAUGUAUGUAUGUAUAACAUUAGUGUAUUAAUAUUUUCACUACUGCAACACGAUACAUAUCAGUACACGAUACAUAUCAUUAAAUUAUAUGAAGAUAUAUAUUAAAAAAAAAACAUAAAAUAAAAUAAAAUAUAUUAGCGUUAGACUCUCUCGAGGUAGCACUUCUCAUUGCGCUUUUCUUUUACUUUAAAGAGAGGGAGCGCGCGCGUUACGAGUUAUAAAUUCUUAGGUAUACGUGUGUAUACACACACACACACACAUAUAUAUAUUUAUAAAAAUAUAUGCUAUUCACGACAAUCGAGAAAUGGCAAACUGAAGGGUUUUUUACCUCGAGAGAAUUCCCGUUGAUAAGUAUCGAUCUAUGUAUCUACUAAGCGUAUCUUCUAGUCAAGAAACGAUUGAGACAUAUCUUCUAAUCUUUAAUGUAACGUAUGGAAAGAGCCAGGAUAUGUGUACGUGUGUACAUAUGACACAUAUAAACGGUUAAAAGAAAAUAAAAAUAUAUAUAUAACAUAUACAUAUAUAGACCAAGCAUUUCGUCCGUAGAGCGACGUCGCGUUAACGAUUAUAAUAAAAGUAUGAGAAGUAUGAUUGAAAAAGUACUGCAGUUUUCUCUUUCUAUUUUUCAGUGCAAUUACGUAAGACAGGGGGAGUAGAUGUUUCUAUCAUCUGUCGCCUCCUGCAUUGAUAUAAUUAUAUAUGAAGGAAGUUUGUGAAUGCUUAGUCAAUAUAUCUAUAUAUCUUUGUUUUAUAUUCUAUAUCUUUGAUGGACAUAUAUGCACACGCAUACAUAUACUACAUAUACGUAUAGACAUAGCCAUAAAUAUAUAGACACACUCACACACAUACAUACGUGUGCGUGUGUAUGCGUAUGUGCGCGUGUAUAUAUAUAUAUACAUACAUAAUAUAUAUAUAUAUGAAACGAAUACAUAUCAACAAAGAAAUCACUUUUAUCAGA